CAGGAGGAAGGCUGUAGGUGGCCACACUGGUAACAGGGACACUUGAGAAGAGUGAUCUUCUUGCAGAGAUGAUGAAUGGCCAAGGGAGAGUCAGUCCUGGAAGUGCAGCUCCAGCAGAAGAGAGAGGCUGCACCUGGCUGAACAUCUGGGUCUUCCUUAUUUUUGCCCUUGCAACCAAAGCUGCCUUUGUGACCUUGUGCCUCUGGCUUGUGCUUCCCUUGUGCCACAGCAGUGACCAGCCCUCAGCCCUGCAGCAGCAGUUCUCAGAGUGGGAGUGCGACUCAGCGGUGCCACAAGGCACAGACCGAAGCUGGACAUGCUGCCCUAAGGGCUGGAGAAGGUUUCAAGGAAGCUGCUAUUUCCUGUCCCUUGAUAAGAUGAACUUUGCUGAGAGUGCACAGAACUGCAGUGGGAUGGGCUCCCAGCUGGUGGUGAUCAGCAGCAAGGCAGAACAGGAAUUUCUCUCUGAGCAAACAAAACAACCUCCAAAAAGAGUGAAUGUCUAUAUUGGUCUGUUUGCAAAGAAGGUGGGUCAGUGGCAGUGGGUGGACAAGACUCCAUACAAUGUGACAGCAGCGUUCUGGCGAGAAGGAGAACCAAAUUAUUUCCCUGGUGAAAAUUGCACUGUAAUACAUGUGCCUACAGAACCUCCCAACAACUGGAAUGACAUCGGAUCAGACUUGGAGAAUCAUCGAAUUUGUGAAGCUGCAGCAGUAAUUGUGUGAUGGAAACACCCUUGUCCUGAGUAAAGCUGGGAGCUGAGCAGGGAGCUGGGAGCAUUGCUGGGAGGGGUCAGGAGCUUUGACACAUCUUCACUGUGUGGGGUGGGACGGUGUGUUUGUGGAAGUGAAAUUAGCUUUGUCCAGCAUUCCCAGUGCAUGUGGUGGCUCAGGGAACACAGAGAGGCUCAGGCUCUUUGAAGCAGCUCCUGUGUUCUUGUGUCCUCUUGUCUCUGAGUGGGUCCAGGAGCCUGACUAAAAGAGAUGGACUUCUACUGGAGGAAGACACAUGAAUAGAAGACAGAUAUCCAGAGAUUCAAUGUCCUCUCUGUUAUUGAGCAGAGCUGUUUGAUUUUUGUUGAGUCACAUAAAAUGUAUUCUAUGAGUCACAUAAAAAUGUAGCUGUACUGGUUUUGCUGAACAAAUUCUGAAAACUUAGCCAA